AUGGCUCAGUGGGAGUCUCCAUGGCACCUGUCCCAGGACGAGUUGUACCGAGAAGACAUUGUGAAUGACAAGUUGAUAUAUGUAGUGGCACCAAAGGAGAAGGGCAGGCUGCUGGCCACCCAAGCAGCAGCUGAAUUGUCUAAAAACUUAUCCUCACCCAAUUCUUACCCAUCCGUCGUGAAUAAAGGUGGGAUGGGAGCUAGCCCUAACCCCGAUGACAGCAUGCUGCUCACACAGGAGGGGCUUCCGAAAGUGUUGUCAAGAAAGACUUUGGUCGAGUUUCCUCAGAAAGUUCCAUCUCCAUCCAGAAAACAGGGUUCUGCUUCAAAAGCUCGUCGGAAGGGCCAGAAAGUGACAGAUGAUUCGUCUUCAUCCAGCUCUUCUGAUUCAGAGUCUGAUAAGGAGGGUGACGUCUCAGAAGUUGGUCCUCGAGUGGCGAGCAAAAGCAAAAGAGGGUUUCGGAAAUCAGAAGCCUCUCAUGCCCUUGAAAACACGGUGCCCCACCCUGCAGUAUCAGCAAAAGAGAGAACCGGGCCGCAGAAGCCUCAGACAGGUGCCACCUGUCCAGAGCCCCGUCGGCCAGAGAAAAGAGGGGCCACCAAGCAGCUAUCAGAGGACAGAAAGGACGCUAAACCAGAAACUCGGAUUUCCAGGUCACGAGUGAAUGAAGAGUUUCUGAAGCAAGGUAUGGAGGAAAAGCAAUUGCAGAAAGUAUUUAGAUCAAACGAGACAGACAAAGAAAGCCAAAAGCCGUGUGACGGUAAAGGAAUCUUCCCUGACCACGCAAAAUCAGGACUGUCUGCACAGCUGGACCAUGGCCCAGCGCUCACCCUGUUGACAGAGGAAGCUAGAGUGAAGGGGCAGCUCCAAGCCACUCCUGGGGCUGGAGAGAGUCAUCUGGAAAAACCAGUGCCAGAGCUUAAUGGGAAGGCAGCCUCCCCCCUGCUCAGAAACAAACACCCGAGAACGCAGGGAAUAGGAGGACCAGCAAAGGCCGCAGAAGAGAUCUUGGAAGACCAGGCACCAAUAACAGAUUUGAAGACAGUUCCUGCUGAGAACACAGAUGUUUUCAGUGAACCCGCUGCAGUGUGCAGACCUCAGAGUGAGGCUGUGGAAGACCAGGACGGCGCACAGGUGCCCACCCUAGAGCCUCCUGAGCCAUCGGACUCCACCACCUACAAGAACCUCCAGCAUCAUGACUAUAGCACGUACACCUUCUUGGACCUCAACCUGCACCUCUCCAAAUUCAGGAUGCCUCAGCCCUCGUCAGGACGACCAUCGCCUCGGCACUGAGAGCCCUCGGUGUAAAGAUGAGUUUGCGUCAUCUUUGCUUGCACUCUUGCCUACAAAAAUAAAAGCCACUCAAGAGUCACAAA